AUGGAAGCCCUGGACCGUUUUUCUCCAGAAGAGAAGGACAUUAUCCGUCGAAGUUGGAAAGUGUUGGACAAGAAUUUAAACAACACCGCCUAUAAUAUUUUUGAAAUGAUUUUUAAUCAAAGUCCGGAUACUAAACAGCUCUUCCCAUUUAUGAAAUUCCAACAAUCUGGAAAGUCCAAAGAAAUCGAAUUUCAUGGUCUCCGAUUUAUGCAGGUCCUUGAAUCCGUUGUGAAGACGUUGGACAAUCCGGAAUCGCUGAAUCCCCUUUGUGAUAAUUUGGGAAGAGUCCAUGGUCGUCUCAGCGAGUCCCGUGGCUUCCGAACCCACCACUGGGGUGUCUUCAUAGAAUGCACACUCUUCCAUUUCCGUAAAGUUCUUUCUCAGGACUCCUACUUCCACCGUAUGGAAACUCUGGACAAGGUGAUCAUCAACUGGCGCACAAUCCUCCGCCUCCUCAUCAAACAAAUGAAACGUGGCUUCAACACGGACAUCAAGAAUCGUCAAGCGUCUCGGGACCUCGAGGACAACAACAAGGCAUCGACAAGUAGCUCGCCAAUCUCUCAGGAGUCUUGCAGUCUGGGUACGGUACUUAGAAAGAACUCGCGGCAGUUGACGUUUUUAGCGGUGCCCGGGUGUGGUUCGAUGAUGUCGCAAUCGUUGACACUGCCCACCAUCAAUAAUAACAACUAUCGCAAGGGAAGUGAUAGUCGAUUGUCUACCGUCUCGGCAGUGUCUGCCAGCUCCGUGUCCCCGGCCAUCGAGCGUGCUCCAUCCACAGGGCUCUUCCGUCCACUCAAGGAGUUCGCUAGGCGCCGUUUUAUCAAUCAUUUCUAA